ACAUUUAUCAGCAAGAUCCCUUCUCUUUUUAACCAAAAAAAAAUGUCAACUUAUUAAUGAAGCUCCCAGUUUCAUAAACUACUUAACUCUUUUCUCUAGGUGUUUUUAGGGGGAAGUAAAUACUAAUUACAGAGAUCGAUUAAUGGUGAUGAUAACUCAAGAUAUAUCUUCAUUGUUUUGCACUAUUUUCAUUUGUACAUCUUUUGCUCUCUUCUAUUCCAUCACCACCACCAACUUCCUCUUCUCUUACAUUGAUACCGUCACUAGCCAUGCCACUUCCGUGCACUUUCAUCGCAUCUUCCCUCCGGCCACCACCAUCAACGACGACAACAAAGUAACAAUCACCUCAACCCCUCCUCCACCAUCACCGCCGCCUCCAAUGCUAUCAAAUCCACCUCCGCCGCCUCCAAUGCUACCAUCUCCUUCAUCACCACCGGCACCAUUACCAUUACCGCCACCUUUACCAUCACCAGUGUCGCCACCUCCUCCAACGCUGUCAUCUCCUCCACCGUCGCCACCUCCUCCAUCACCACCACUUCCCAUGCUGUCACCUCCACCACCAUCACAGCCUCCAACACUAUCAUUACCCCUACCGGUGUCACUACCAUCAUUUCCUCCAUCACCGUCACCACCAGCGCCACCACCUCCACCAACACCUGAAGAAGAGGAAGAUUUCAAGCUUUUCCAAUCAGCUGCCAAGGUAAACUCAACUCCAACACCAAAUGCACCCCAAAAAAUAGCCUUCCUGUUCCUCACAACAACACCUCUACCAUUAGCACCACUCUGGGAACUCUAUUUUAAUCAAAACAACAACCAAACCAUGAAAAACCUAUUCAACGUUUAUAUCCACGCUGAUCCAUCUCAUCCCUACAAUCCACCAUUCUCCGGUCACUUUUUCAACCGAACAAUCCCUUCAUCGAAACCGACCCAACGCGGUUCACCAUCUCUGAUCGCAUCAGCUCGCCGGUUACUCUCCGAAGCUUUACUCGACGAUCCAUCCAAUUCCAGAUUCAUCAUUCUCUCAACUUCUUGUAUUCCACUUCAUUCUUUCAACUUCACUUACAACAUGCUUUUUCAGACAAACAAAAGCUUCAUCGAAAUCCUUAAAGGCGAACCCAAAGAAUUUGUCCGGUACACUGCUCGUGGCAAUGCUGAUAUAAUGCUACCGGAAAUACCUUUCGAAGAUUUCCGAAUCGGAUCCCAGUUUUUCAUACUGAGUCGCCACCACGCGAAAUUAGUGGUAAAUGAUGAGAAACUAUGGAGGAAAUUCAAACUUCCAUGUGUGUUUCCCAAAUAUUGUUACCCAGAAGAACAGUAUUUCUCGACGUUGCUGAACAUGGAAGAUUCAAGUUCUUGUAUACCUGCAACACUAACACAUGUGGACUGGUCGAAACGUUUAGGUUCUCAUCCUUGGACUUACAGGGAUACCGAAAUUGGAAUGGAACUUAUCGAGUCUUUAAGGCAACGAGAGCUCAGAUAUGGAAAUGGCGGUGUUGAAAAUCAAACUGAAGCAGCUCGUGUUGAUCCUAAUUAUUCAUUUCUGUUUGCAAGAAAAUUUUCAAGAAAUUGUUUGAAACCGUUGCUGGAUAUUGCCGGUGAGUUCAUUCUGAGAAACUGAUACUGUAAAGUGAAUGUUGUCAACCUUUUGGGGUGUAAAUAGAGUCCAAUUCUAUGGGAUGGCUACACUGUGACUGUACACACCAUACUAGCAACAUUUUGGAUGUUUGGAUCCCAAUACAUAUAUUUCGAAAUUGUAAGCAGAUUAAUUGGACCAGUUUUUUAAUAGAACAUUCUAUAUCAAGUAAAGUACAGUAAAAAAAAAAAAGGUACAAGCUCUACAGUUAGUUAGACUAAUUCAGACACGGAGAUUUUUCUCUAAAACAAUUUCAGCGUUACACUGAUAUUUUUCUCUAACUACUUGCAGCAUAUGAAAUCACUUUUAUUUGCUCAAGAGAUUUCCAGAAAGCCAGCUAAAAUAGGCCGACUGAAAUACAUGAAUAAAACAAAAGCCAAAGAAACUAAAUAGAAAUUUUUACUUACAGAACCUGUAAUAAGAGACAUUAGGCAAAAGAUCAGGUUCCCAAGAAUGCUGAGCUCUCUCCCCAACAUCUGUAACCUUUUAUUGCCAACAGAAGUUCAGUUCUCUGAAACAAUGGGUACACAGGAAUCAGAUAGCUAACUGCAAGCUUUUAACCACCUUGCACGAAUGAACCAAGGGAGCAUUACCCUUUUGAAGACAUCCACCACAGAUUUUGAAUUUAAAAUGAUAAUAGUGCGACUACAAUCAAGAGAAACACAAAUUGGUUUGGAUUCAUAUUCAUAUGGGUGGCUAUAACUUGGUACACUAAGACUGGAAAUCGAGGGUAAUGUAUUGCAGUACCUUGCCAUCAACAAUUUCUCAAUCACUACAAAUUUGAAUUUUCUCAGCAAAUUGAUUCCAAAAGAAAAAAUCAUUUAAUGCGAAGACAUGAACCAAACUCACUUCUCAACCUAUGGCCAUCAAGGCUUAGCCCCUAACCUCAAUAUUCAUAUCCCAAUGCUACCUAUGGUUCUUGGGCACAUGCAAUUGUUUGUCUAGUGCUGAACCAUAAGCGUGAAGCAAUAAACUACGAGCCUUGAACCAUAAGCCAGCACAGCGUUGAGAGACCUGGCCCACAAAACAUAAAUCAUAUUCUACCCAGUCUCGAAUUAAACUCGGAGUGAUUUUAGGUUAACCAAGCAAAUCAACCGAGAUUUGCACCGUGAGCGGAUCCAGCUGAGCGUUCUCAGCAUUG